AUGGUCCGUUGGAGAAACUUGAUAAUGAUGGAAAUGCCAACACCAGUCAGUCCUAUCUUAGCAGCUUACUCAGAUUUCGAAGGCCAAAAACCUGGAAAGCGCCAGCUGUUCGCAGAAGAAAUGUUCAGAAGAAACUGGUGGUAUUUCGCGACACCUGUUUUAGCUGACGUUUCUGAAAUUCAUCGUGAAUCGCGAAUUUCAGAGGUUACUUCGGAACUUCCUGGUGGUUUUCCCCUUUCGAAUCAUGUGACGAAUCGUCUCUAUACAGAAAUCGGUCAAAUGAUCGAAAUUGACCGAUUUUACUUUGGAAUACCAUAA